CUCUGCUGUUCAAGUAUACUGUCGACGGUUAUGGACAGCCGGCGGAGUGCGAUUGUUGUUCCAGAAGUCAUAUUCGCCAUCUUAGCUGGAUCUAUUGUGUUCUGGAGGAUCAUCAACAAUGUAGUCUUGAAGAAGUUGUAUAGGCUCGCUGACCUGCUCAUCUUUUGGCACUGUUCGUUAUCGACACAAUAUGGCUUGGGGAGACACAUAUACGACCCAUCAAUCACACCCGAGAUGCUUGAGACAUGUCUGCGAUGGAUCUGGAUUGGCGAAGCGACAAAUCUCAUAUCGAUGCUCUUCGCCAAACUCAGCAUUGCUGCCUUCCUUUUGUACCUGGAUUUCGCGCCGGGCUACAAGAUCGCUAUGUGGAUUACAGUGGGACUGGUCCUCCUAUGCAAUGGAGCUGUCGCUUUGACGUCGAUUUUCGGAUCCUGCAGCCCGGUAUCUUUGAACUGGAACAUGAAUCAGCCAGGUCAAUGUUGGGAUCCUUUUGUCAACAAGGUCAGCUCUAACAUCGUGACCGACAUUCUAUAUACAUCGGUGCCGAUUUUCUACCUUUCGACAGUCAAGCUGGGAGCGAACGUCCAAUGGGGGUUACGCAUCGUUCUGCUCUUCGGGUUGAUGUAUGUUCUCUCCACUGCAUAUGUGGAAUAUGAGACUAAUAUUGAAUAG